UUAUUAUGCGGCCCCCGUACUGGAAGACCAAGUUCUACGACGACCCUGCAGACAGACAGUUUGCAUUGCGCAUGAUUGGGUGGAUCAAUUGGACGACAACUCGAUGCGAAGAAUACUCUGGCUGGGCUUGCGGAGGACGUGGAAUUGAAGCAUCAAGCCUCGCCAUAAGUGAAACUGCUGAAACAGCCGCGCAAGACUACGCCAUGGAAUACGCUGUUGAACUAAUAGAGCGUGCGAGAGCCAUGAACACUAAAGAACCGGACGAGGAUGUCAAAACGGAGACCUCCGACUAUGAUUUCAACAACAUGGCAAGUGUGUUCCAGGCUUGCAGAAAAGGUGAGAAGAAGAAAGAUGACUUCGCCAAAAAGUUCACGGCCGCUUUUGAUCCCGCCUGGAAUCUGAAACCUACAUUCCGACCCGAUGCGGAAGCAGACUCUGCUAUUUCCACUCUACAUGAUUACCACGAGAAGCUGAAUUUCUUUCCGCUGGGCGAUAUCAACGUUGCUAAGGCAGAUGACGAAGAAGCCAAGAAUACCCCCACUUUUACCAUAUUUCCUGCACGCUUCGUCGGACGGGCAGUCGAUACCGGUUACGGACCGCAUGACAGCGUUAUACAAGCGGGUUUCAAAGCAAUCUCGACUAUUCUGCCAAAGUCAUGCUGUGGAGAUGAUGGCGCAAAGAUAACUACGUUCGAAACCACAACGAUGAAGGCCUUGCAAGUGACUGACGAAAAGAUUAUUGAUGUUGGAGGAACAGAAACAUCUAAACUUGGGAAGGGAUUACCAGAUAUAUGUACUGAGGUUUACAAGCAAGACCAAUGUCGGUUCUUGAGCGUCAAUUCAAGGUCAGCGUUUGGAGUCCCGUUGAGAGGAGCUGCGGCCGCUACCAUAAUGAAUUGGGCAAUGAUGAAAUUCGUAAUCUUGUUUGCGCCAUUUCUGCCUUCUGACGACCCUUCAUUGCUUCCGUUUUACCAACUAGUGGCCCUCUUCCACCGGAGGGCCGAGAUGCCGCACAAGGAUAUUCUCUGCAUGCACAUCCUUGAGCGGUACUACAGUGAUACGCUUCAGUGGUUAAUCAACAAGGAUGACUACCUAAACAACGUGAAGGCACACAUGCAGCAGGCAGUGUCCAAGCUUGACAGCCAAGUAUCAGCCCUUGGAGCAAAGGGCCAGGAAGACUUCUUCACUAUGCAACUUGCAUAUCCGAAAAGUCCAUUCCCACCAGAAAUGAUCAAAAGAGUCCCGCUCAAGCCGUUUUUUGCUGACUACUCUCGCAUGAUAUAUUUUGCUCCAGAGACACCCGAAAAAAGCAUAAAGGGCGUGACGACUAAAAUGGACCCGUACUCUAUCAUUUUUGCACGUGGAGAAGCGGUGGCAACAGCCAAAUAUAAAGGAAUACAGAAGAAGGCGCAGUGCUGGGUUGGACCCGUUUUCAGUGGAGAACCAUUCCAGGACCCCUUGCAUGACCUUAUGUUUCUUCCCGUUUCCUUGGCAAUGCCGCCGUACUACCACAACGACACUGACAGUCUAAAACAUUCUGUGCCUGGAUAUUUGUCGAAGAUCUUCAAGGUGAUGACGGAACGCUUUGUCAAGCUUUUCGUCUCUUCGUACAAGCCCUCCAAACGACCAUAUGCAAGAGAGCCUGAGAGCAAGCCGGAGUUAAAGGCAGCAAAGUACAUUGACCAACCUGCAGAAUAUAUGCUCAAGCAAGUCAAAUGCUUCAGUAAGGCGUACGGAACAGACCGAAUGUGGGACCUCUUCUAUGAGAAAUCUGGCGUGCAGUUGGCUUACCAAGUGUGGAGGCUGCUAUACAACCAUGUCACCGUCAACAAAGACAUGCAGCUCAGGCUCGCCUACAUCAAGUUUUUCAGCGAGGAGAUGAUAUUCUUUGUCACCGCUGCCAACGGCCACUGUUACGCCGCUAACCCCCGGUUGGCCAGCAAAAAAGAACUAGAGCUCGCUCCAAAACGGGUCAAUUCACUGUUGCAAAGCAAACUGCUGGGCCAAAGCAUGCUGUGUGCUCCAGAGCGAGAACUCUACAAGCCGGUGUGCGGGGGUCUCUUCGCAGAACUACAGCGCGUCGAUGAAGCGUUGUGGACCGUGGAAAGUUGGCGCCAGGCAAAGAAAGUCCUCAGUGAUUAAAAAAAAUUUUGGAA